GUAAUAUGUUGAAAUGCUGUCAGUCUGAAUAAACUUGCAUCUUUCGAAUAGCCUCGUAACAAAUUCAAAUCAAAGUGAAAAGAAGAAAAGGAGAAGAACAUGCUCAGCAGCAUGCAACGUGGAUUAAUCUCAGGGAUCUGUGAUCUGAUGCAGCAGACGACGAUGCAUCGUGCCGCGCACUCUACAACCGCCCAGCAGACACGCCCCCAAUCCCAAUCACAAUCCCAGCCACAACCCAAAAAAGAGAUACUGCCCGAAGAUUCGUGUUUGGUGCAUUUGCCAAUCGACUUCAAGCUGCAUCGCUUGGAACACGGACCCGACACGCUCGUCUCGCUCAAGCGGAAGGAGGCAUCGCUCUACCUCCGUCAGCUGAUGGCGCUGCGACGUCUGGAAGCGGCGGCAGCGCAGCUCUACAAGGAGCAGCUGGUGCGUGGCUUCUGUCAUCUGUAUACGGGACAGGAGGCGUGUGCGGUGGGCGUGUGUGCAGCGCUGCGGCCACAGGAUAAUCUAAUUGCCGGCUAUCGCAUCCAUGGCUGGGCCUACUUGCAUGGCGGCCUCUCCGCUCAAGCUGUGCUCGCCGAGCUGACGGGCCGGGCGAGCGGUUGUGCUCGGGGCAAGGGCGGAUCGAUGCACAUGUAUGCUCGGCAUUUCUAUGGCGGCCAUGGCAUUGUGGGUGCCCAGAUACCGCUUGGCGCUGGCAUUGCGCUGGCCAGCAAAUACCAACAGCUGGAUGCCGUGUGUGUGGCGCUGUAUGGCGACGGGGCUGCCAAUCAGGGGCAGCUAUUCGAGUCCUUCAACAUGGCUCAGUUGUGGAAAUUGCCCGUGGUGUUUGUCUGCGAGAACAACAACUAUGGCAUGGCCACCAGCAGUUGGCGUGCGUCCAGCAAUACCAACAAUUAUACGCGUGGCGAUUACCUGCCCGGCAUUUGGGCUGAUGGCCAGGAUGUGCUCGCUGUGCGCAGCGCCAUCGAGUUUGCCAUCGACUAUGCCCUGCAACGGGGUCCAUUAAUUGUCGAGCUCUGCACGUAUCGUUAUGCGGGCCACUCCAUGUCCGACUGCGACUCGGUCUAUCGCAGUCGCGACGAGGUGCAGGAGGUGCGACGUCGCCACGAUGCCGUCGAACGUUUCCAGCGACUGUGCGUCGACCAGCAGCUGCUCAGUGCGGAGCACCUUCAGGAGAUUGCUUUGGAGGUGCGUCGAGAAAUGGAACUUGCCGUCAAGGCUGCGAAAAGCGAUGAAGAGUUGCCCUUGACACAUCUCUGGAGCGAUGUCUAUGCGGACAAUGCGUUGCAGGGAAAGAUUCGAGGUGUGCUUGGCCAGCAGUUGGAGCACUUGCGAACGACUCCGGGAAGAGAAAAGCCAACAAAAUGUGUACUUCAAAAAGCGUCUCUUAACACAUCAACUUGACAAAAUUACGUGAUUAUUUUACAAUGUGGACUAAAGUGAUGAA